AUGUUGUUCCCAACAAAAUCAUUGAAGCAUAGUGUUUCCGCGAUUAUACUAUGUUCCUUUUCCGAUGAAAGCACAGGCUCCCCUCGAUAUAAAGGCGAUUUCCGACCGCUCCCACAAACCUUAUCGGGUCCGAAUAGAGAUGCUCGACCUUACCACAGCCAGGAUCAUAUACACAAGAAAAUUGACUAUUCCUCUACCAAGGCAUCGCCCUGGGGAUAUGCGAACAGAGAGGAAUUGACGGACGCUCUCUAUCGGGCUUUGGGUGCACAAAACACACCACACAAUCCGAACCUAUAUGAUAGCUUUUCUCAGUGUGACUUUAUAUAUGAUAUCAUGCUUCUUACUCGCGAAAACUCUUUGAUCCGCAGACGCAUGGUUGUUGAUUUCGAAACUGAUAUCGAUAUCAUGAGCGAGGCUGUUUUCCGAAAAUUGAAUGUGAAAAUGUCAGGAUUCACAGGCAAUGGCAUAACAUGGUGGAAUCGACCUAGCGUCAAGCCACUAGGAACUGUCCAAGCAAGCUGGAGAGUCUGUGGCCGAGAGAAAGUGUACUCCACCGAGUUUUACGUGAUAAGCGACACUGAAUUCGACCUGCUCCUCGGAACUACAUCCGUCCGAAAGCUUGGUCUAUACCGAGCAGAUCCUGGAGUUGCGACAAGACUACGCUCCUCGGGCUAG